AUGGCCGCCGCAGGGAGCAUUAUCACGCAGGUGCAGCAAGGCGGGCCGGCACCCAUAAACACUGCACUUGGAGCUUCAGACGAGAACAUCACGCUCGAAUUACGCGGCACUCGCUUUACACUUUCUCGGGAUGAGCUGCUCACAUUACCUGAAUUCGUCCUGCUGUCGCUGUUCCCCAAUGGCCUGCUCCCCGAUGCUCAUAUGAACAGCUACCACGACGGCGACGUAUAUCCAGUCGACGUAAGCAAUCCUCGCCAAAACCGCUUGGUCACCCAGGCGAGACCCCAAUCAUCUGCCUCAAUCAACGACAUCCAGAAUGUCAUAUCCAACACUGAUGUAUAUUUAUCUGACAUUGUGUAUUUCUCACAGUACGACCCUGUUUCUCUGCAAUACAUGUUGGAGUUCUUCCGACAUGUCGCGCAAACCAUCCCCCAAACAUCCGAAGAGCAGUCAAAUGCUCAAAAUGACCCAUUGGCUCCCAACACAAUGCCAAUCGAGCCCAUGUCCGGCAACGCACGCGAUAUGCUUCAAGACCGCGCCGGUAUCAUAGUACUGAGGGAAGAUCUCGACUUUUAUGCCAUUCCACCACGGAAAGACAUUGGCCAUCCCGAGAUGCAAGACAUCAAGCGAGCCGCAAGUCGAGCACUUCUCAAGCAAGACGGCAUUUUUUCGGGUCUCCGAAAAAGCGAAGAACCAGGCACUACAGAGCAACAUCUUAUCGAAAUGCUUACGGCUGGCGGAUUCAAUCACGACGACACCUGGGGCCAUCGAGCCGCAGAGCCACAGAAAGCCGUCAUCUGCUCAAUUGCUUUGGCAAGGCUGCGAACAGACAUUAAAGGUGACACAGCUGGCGCAGCAAAUGCGGUAGGUAUGGCGCAAAAGUUGUUACUCUUCUGGAGGAAGCCCGCUAGAAGAUGUUGGUGGGAAGGUGUCGAGCUGGAGAAUGUUGAGGGAGUGGAAGGAAAGCUGAAGGUCUGGAUCAGGCGUGUGUGGACUUUGGAAAUGAGCGUAAUAGGACUGCGCUGAGGACUGAAAGACAUGACCUGCGUGGCGGGCGAAGCCUCGUUCCAGCGCGAACAGCUCGGAUUCAGCAAGUUUACAUUGUUUGCGAACACGACUUACCAGGAGAACGCCUCUACAUAUACCCCUAUCACCUCCUGUGUCAACAGUCUCGACGGCCUCAAAUUUGCUUUUCUUUGGAAUAACAUGCAUGCCAGGCGCUAUGGAAAGGAGCAUGCGCCAAUGUCAAACAGUCUCUAGGCAGGCUCCGAUUUCAUAUUGUAAGAAUGCAUAGCAAGCCACCAAAAAAUGUACAGAAGAAUCACUAGUGUAAGAAAGACAGGAAACCCGAUUGUGCAGAGUCACUAAAUCUUGUAUGCAAUCGCGGCUCGAUCUCUGCUAUCGACGCUGAACGCCUCGCUAAAUUCCUCGUCAUGCCAUCGUCAGUCAUAAUCUAAAGGUCAAUCGCUGGCAAAAAC